AUGAACGAUCAAGUGUUGGGAACGAUCUGCGACUAUCUCAAGCCAAAGAUGUUCGAGGAGAAUGCCCAGGUCAUUGAAGCGGGACAACCACUUAAUGUGAUUCUCUAUAUUAUAGCAGGCUCUAUGCAGGCAUACCUGCCAAUUAGGGCUGCUGGAGAGGCACGUCCCUCAACCUCAUUCGAAACUCUUGAGAAAGGUAUGUUUGUGGGAGAACAACUUCUGGAUUGGGCAGUGAAAACCAAAACUUUUUAUGACCAACCUGUUUCGUUCAAAACUGUCCGAUGUGUCGAAAAAGUAGAAGCCUUUGCCCUCACAGUUAACGACUGGAAAACUUUAGUGGUCUCCAGAGACAUCUUCCAAAGGAGUUCAAAAUCCGAAGUUUAG